ACUAUGUAGCCUCUUAAGAAGCUCACUUGGACCCCCCUGAAGUCCAUAUGGCUCUAUAUGACGAAGAUCUCCUGAAGAACCCUUUCUACCUGGCCCUUCAGAAGUGGCGGCCUGACCUGUACAGCAAGGUGGCCCAGAUCCACGGCAUUGUCUUGGUGCCCUGUAGAGGAAGCCUGCCCAGCAGCGUUCAGUCCUCUUACCAGUUCGAGUCCUACGUUUUGGUGCCCACCAAAGGACACUUUCAGACCUUAGAUGGAAAGGAUGUCCUCAUUGAAGGAAACAGGAUUAAGCUAGGAGCUGGUUUUGCUUGUCUUCUCUCUGUGCCCAUCCUCUUUGAAGAGACUUUCUACAAUGAAAAAGAAGAGAGCUUCAGCAUUCUCUGCAUCGCGCAUCCUUUGGAGAAGAGAGAGACUUCAGAAGAAUCUUCAGCGCCCUCAGAUCAUUUUCCCCUGAAAACUAUUGAAGAUAUGAGAGAAUUUUUGGGAAGACACUCAGAGAGAUUUGACAAGAACAUCGCCUCUUUCCAGCGGGCAUUCAGAGAGUGUGAAAGAAAGAGUCUCCAUCACCACAUAGACUCCGUAAAUGCUCUCUAUACCAAAUGCCUCCAGCAUCUUCUCCGAGACUCUCACCUGAAGGUUCUUGCAAAGCAGGAGGCCCAGAUGAACCUGAUGAAGCAGGCAGUAGAGAUAUACAUCCACCAUGAUAUUUACGACCUGAUCUUUAAGUAUGUAGGGACCAUGGAGGCGAGUGAGGAUGCUGCCUUUAACAAAAUCACAAGAAGCCUUCAAGAUCUUCAGCAGAAAGACAUUGGUGUGAAACCUGAGUUUAGCUUCAACAUCCCUCAUGCAAAGAGAGAGCUGGGCCAGCUGAACAAGUGCACAUCCCCACAGCAGAAGCUGCUGUGCCUGCAGAAGGUGGUGUAGCUCAUGACACAGUCUCCCAGCCAAAGAGUGAAUUUGGAGACCAUGUGUGCCGAUGAUCUUCUCUCUGUCCUGUUGUAUCUGCUUGUGAAAACAGAGAUCCCUAACUGGAUGGCAAAUUUGAGUUACAUCAAAAACUUCAGAUUUAGCAGCUCGGCCAAAGAUGAGCUGGGCUACUGCCUGACCUCGGUUGAGGCUGCAAUUGAAUACAUCCGGCAAGGAAGUCUCUCUGCAAAGCCACCUGACGCCGAGGGAUUUGGUGACAGACUAUUUCUCAAGCAGAGGAUGAACUUACUGUCCCAGAUGACGUCAACACCCAUUGAAUGCCUGUUUAAGCACAUUGCGUCUGGUAAUCAAAAAGAAGUGGAAAGACUUCUAAGCCAAGAUGACCAGGACAAAGAUGCCAUGCAAAAGAUGUGCCACCCACUUUGUUCCUGUGAGGACUGUGAGAAGCUCGUCUCUGGGAGGUUGAAUGACCCAUCAGUUGUCACUCCUUUCUCCAGAGAUGACAGGGGUCAGACCCCCCUCCAUGUGGCUGCCCUCUGUGGUCAGGCGUCCCUCAUUGACUUCCUGGUCUCCAGAGGUGCCAUAGUGAACGCCACCGACUAUCAUGGCUCCACUCCCCUCCAUCUCGCAUGUCAGAAAGGCUUCCAAAGUGUGACGCUACUGCUGCUGCACUACAAGGCCAGCACCGAGGUGCAGGACAACAACGGUAACACCCCGCUGCAUCUGGCCUGCACCUAUGGCCAUGAGGACUGUGUGAAGGCUCUGGUCUACUAUGAUGUCCAGGCCUGUAGACUGGAUAUUGGAAAUGAGAAAGGAGACACAGCCCUGCACGUUGCUGCACGCUGGGGUUACCAGGGCAUCAUAGAGACGCUGCUGCAGAAUGGAGCCCCCAUGGAGACCCAGAACAGAAGGAAGGAAACACCACUCAAGUGUGCAUUGAACCCCAAGAUCCUGUCUGUCAUGGAAGCUCAUCGUCUAUCCUUGGAAAGGAGGCCACGGCCUGCUGAGGUCCCUGUGCGGUCCCCUACAGGCUCCGUGGAUUCCAUCAGCCAGGGCUCCUCUACCUCCAGCUUUUGCUCCAUCACGGCGAGCUUCAGGCAAGAAGAGGUGAAAAAGGCCUACAAGGAGGUAGAAAAGCUUCUAAGAGCAGUUGCUGAUGGAGAUCUUGAAAUGGUUCGUUACCUUUUGGAGUGGACGGAGGAUGACCUAGAUGAUGUGGAUGAGGCCAUCAGCAUGGUGGAUCUGGAAUUCUGUCACCCCUUAUGCCAGUGCCCCAAGUGUGCUCCAGCCCAGAAGAAACUGGCAAGGAUUCCUGCCAGUGGGCUUGGUGUAAAUGUGACCAACCAGGAUGGCUCUUCUCCCCUGCAGACCUUGACCUUAGGGGUGCUUUGUUUACCAUGCCAUUCCACCAGCUGUCUCUGCUUCUUCUUGCCUUCACCUAGGAAGACCUUUUUCUCUCAAUGGUAA